AUGACCACUGUAGCUGAAGAUAGCAAAGCUACAGGCCACGUCGGUACAGAAAAACGACAGUUCUCCUUACGUUUACAAGGAACGGCAAAGCGACGCAAGAGACACGCACGUUCCGUACAGGAACAUGAAGUUCGGUUUCCUCACCCUCGUGCGAGACCUGUGCACAGCCAUCAGGCAGGAGAGGCGGGCGCUGGCGUACACCGGGGUUCUCGCCGGGGUCGUGUCGCUGCUGACGGCUGCCCGUAUCGCCUGCUCCGCGCUCCUCGGAGAAAGCAGGCAGUUGCUGUGCGAGAUAGUGAAGGAGGUGGUGUUCUGUCGGCCGAGAGUCGAAGUGGUGGUGCCACUGGUGCACCUGCUGAGCGUGGCCAACCCGGACGUCCAGGUCAGCGGGUCGCUGUGCCGCAACUCCCCCAAGGACAAGUGGUGCGCUGGCUGUCGGGCAGCUUCCUCGCUCCCGGCAGAGGCCCCCACUGGCUCCAGCCGGUGGCGGAGGACUCCCGCCCCGCCUGUGCCUGUCGACGGCGGGUGGCAGAGGUAACCUGCAACCUCCUGCACCGCACAUUCCUCAACUUCGUCGAGCUGGACCGGAAACGCGCCGACGAUUCGUUCCCGCUCGCUGCCGGUGGCCAUCACGAGGAGUCGCCCGUCUUGUGCAAGCUGAGGGACACGUUGCGAGAAGGCAUAGCGUUGUUGCACAGGCUGGAGGACCGCAACCCCGACUUCAUGAUCAACGUGGCCAGCUCCGAAGGGGAGUGGCAGUCCUUCGUGCUGGGCUGCAGUCGGAACAGAUCCGUCCUGCGACUGACGGCAGAGCAGCAGCGGUGUCUGGAGGAGCUUGUGGCAUCCGUGGAGGUAGAUGUAGUUGCAGACAGCAACUUGCCCAGUCAGGCAGACUUAGAUGUGAUUUUUGAACAUCUUUGGAAAGACAACUUAAGAUACAUACGCAGAAACUACGUGCCUCCAAGAAAUAGUAACUUUUAAAUUGAGUUACCGCUCGUUAAAACAUCCGCACUCCUCAAAGGUCCACGUAUCAAUAAUAAAUGUUUGGACAACUAAACUAGGCUGCUUAUAGUUAGCUAUUUGGGUUGAUUAAUUUUAGAUUCAAACCAUAUUUAAAAAAAUGCAGUUACUGUAUAUUAUCUAAGCAUAUAAGUUUAGCAUGAAUAAUAAAUAUUCUUGUUUUUAACUAUGAUAAAGCCUUAAUUGAUUGUUUCUGUAACAAUACUGGACAUUGCUGAUAACAUUUAGUGUUAUAGUAAUUUUUAUUUUGUUAGCAAUAACUUGUUUUUUGUAAUAAUUUAUGUGAAGCACAGACUGAUUCUUGCCAAAUUUACAAUAGUCAAAAUUAAUUUACAUGUCAUACAUUAUUUAAAAAUUUGAUGUGUACAAUAUGUUUUUUUUUUUUUCAAAUUGUAUUCCUGUUUUGAUUUAGGUAUUUCAAAUUAUAUGUUUUUCUCUUGAUUAUUUGGUGCUGUUAAAAGUAACUAACUAUAUGUGUUCUUUUGUGUGGAGUAUUUUUGUGUGUGCAAAUUUUUUUUGUCAAAUGUGUGCUAAAUUUUGUAAAUUAAAACAGACAGACUUUAAA